AUGAAUGUCGACCCUGAAGACAUGCAAGUUGUGCAGAUGAUAGAAACCAGACUCAACGACGCUGUCUUUGGAGAGAUGGGUGAGAAGGGACCCAACUUCCGUAACGUUGGCUGGAUUGGCACCACGGCCUUGAUGAUGAAGACCCAGAUUGGGCUGGGUGUCUUGGCACUCCCAUCAGUCUUCGACUCAGUUGGUUUGAUCCCCGGUGUAAUCCUGCUCUGUGCAGUCGCCGGCGUCACCACUUGGUCAGACUACAUGGUGGGCGUUUUCAAAGUGAAACAUCGCGCCGUGUACGGUGUUGACGACGUUGGCCAACUGAUUUUUGGGCGGGUUGGGAAAGAAGUCCUUGCCAUCGCCUUCAUGGGUCUGUAUGUCAUGUCGGCCGGAUCAGCCAUGCUAAGUCUGUCGAUAUGCUUCAACUCCAUCUCUGACCACGGCGCUUGCACUGCCGUCUUCGUCGCUGCCGCUUUCAUUCUGGUGUUCGUGCUUUCGAGUGUCCGCACCCUUGACCGAGUCGGUUGGCUCGCAUUAAUUGGCGUCAUCGGCAUCAUCACUGCGGUCUUCACCGUAACGAUUGCCGUAGGCGUUCAAACCCAGCCUGAGUCCGCCCCCCACGACGUCGAAUGGAAAUCGGACUACAAGCUCUUUGGGAACCCGACCUUUUCGCAGGGCAUCUCCGCCGUGUCAAGUCUCGUCUUUGCCUUUGCUGGGACGGGUGCCUUCUUCCCAAUCGUCGCAGAGAUGAGAGAUCCCCGUCUUUACCCUCGAGCAUUAGCAGUCUGCCAAACACUCAUCACAGUCGUCUACUUGGUUGUUGGUAUUGUCGUUUACUACUACUGUGGAUCAUAUGUUGCCUCACCUGCCCUUGGAUCCGCCGGUAAAACCAUGAAGAAGAUUGCAUACGGCAUUGCUUUGCCAGGACUACUCGCUAGCGGUAUUCUAAUGGCUCAUGUCUCAAGCAAUGCGAUUCCAGUUUUCAACGGCAUCGUGUCCCUAGCCGGUGCGCUCUUUGGUACUCUGCUAUGCUUCCAGCCUAUGGGUUGUAUGUGGUUAUAUGACAAUUGGAGCCGCGGCAAGGAUGCCCCUACCUUGCGCUGGCGUCUGAUGGUGGGAUGGAGCAUCUUUGUAAUUGUUUCCGGUACUUUCCUGAUGAUUGCGGGUACAUACGGCGCCAUAGUCGGUAUUAUUGACUCGCAUGCUGCCAAUGGAGGGACGUCUGCUUGGUCAUGCGCCGACAACUCCAAUUCUAGCUAG